AUGGGGCUGUGCUACAGCCUGCGCUCCCGCCUGGCCGCCGCGCACCCCUCCGUGCCCUACGGCAGCCGCGGCGAGGCGGACCCGGCGGCGGAGCAGCAGCAGUGCGGAGACCCGCAGGUGCGGCACCGGCUGCGGCAGGACCUGGUGGCCAAGGAGCGGGCGGAUAAGAAGCGGAGCAAGAGCAUCGAUAAGACGCUGAAGGCGGAGAAGAGGGAGUACAAGCAGACGCACCGGCUGCUGCUGCUCGGUGCUGGUGAAUCUGGUAAAAGCACAAUAGUCAAACAGAUGAGGAUUUUGCAUGUGAAUGGAUUUAAUGCUGAGUAAGUACUUUUGUUUUUUUUUUUUCUCUUUACACUUUACCUUAUGUCUGUGUUCCACACGAUAGAUGGUUUUGUUUCAUAACUUGAAAUAUUUCCUUCUUUUUGCCUUUUCAUGUUCUGUAGAAUCUGAGUAUGUAUUUUUAGAGGUUGAGAGACAUUAACUUGAAAAAGUCAGGCACUAGUAAGAAGUAGGAGCUAAUGGUGUAGAAUGGUUUGCAUCCAGGUUCAAUGUUGCUGAUUUGAUCAAGGCUCAAGUUUUGUGUUUUGAUUUUUUUUUUUUAAUUUUUAUUUUUCUCACUGCAGUUUCUUUCACAACAUGGUUGACACUAAUUUACCUCUGCUAUAAUUUACCUAUGCAUUGAUUUAUACCGCUGUAAAUACACCUUCUGUUAGUGUACAAAAUGAAUGCAAUUUUCUUUAUUCAGAGCAAGCAGGGUUCUCUGUCUUCACAAAAUAAGAUUGGGAUAUGUAUUUCUAGGACAGCGGGUCAGAUUUUGUUCUCUUUUUUUGCUUUUGCUUGCCCAGAUGUUUGUGAUUUAUGUUUCUAAAGGAUUUUCUUUCUGUGCUUGAAAUCUAUACGGUUACUUGAUCGUAAUGAGGAGGAGAAUGGCAUUUUAAGAUAUGAAAAAUGGAAAUAUCUUCUUUCUUAGAAAUCAAAUCUUCCUCAGACUUUUCACCUAACCAUAGUAGGGAGUUGGUAGAGAUCUGGAUGUUAGUUGGUGUGGCAAGCAUCUGUGUGUGUGUAUGUACCAAAACCUGCUAAAUCAACUUGAAUUGAAUUAAGGUGUUGGAAUUUUAGACCUUAUUCCUUUUAUGUAAAAUUCUGAGAUGAUAGUACUGUUUUUGCCUUUUUGUUUUCAAACAGUAUUCUUGUAUUAGCACCUCCUACCUUCUAGUCAGUUUAAUUUAUUCUGUGUCCUAUUGUUUUGGGCAGAUUAAGCUUUCACUAGUCUUGCAGUAUUAAUUCUUUAGUAAGAAUGUCUGAGCUAAACGUUUAGCUAAGGAGCCUUGACAGUACUUUCUCCUAAUCCCCAAAUGCUGAUUUAGGAUAAGGUACACAGUCUUUUGAAAGAAACUUCAGGCUGAUUCGUAAUAAGUUGCAUUCUGUGGUACACUAUGUGGUUUUAGCUCCUCUUUGUAAGCAAUGUUUUCUUAAGACAACUCUUUCUCCUAAGUUCCUGGUCCUACAUCUGAUUUCUGCUGAGUGGUCUUCACUGUUUGGCUGCUCUUUUUAGUAAAGACUUCUUAAAAUACUUGCAAAACUUAAAAGGUUUGCAUGAGUUGACUUUGAUGUAGCAGCUCUCAAAAUCUGCCUCUUAAGUAUAACUUUCAGCAUUAAGAUGGGCAUCCUUGAUGCCUUUACAAUUAUCAAUCCAUUUAGCCAACAAAGUCCUACAUUUACUAAGCAUACAAAUGCUGUUAAAGAGAUGAUGCUGUGUUAAUGAUAUAUAGCAUUGGUGGAUAACUGUCCGAAUCUGUGGGCUGCAUACCGAAAUCUGUGUGAGUCUGGGAUCUCAAGGACCUGUUACACAAAGGCUGCAGAGUUGGCGAGGGACUGGAACACUGAGGUUGGCAGCAGUAUUGCUUUUUUAAGUAUCUCACUUCUGUGUUGUAGGCUUGGGCUAAGUUGAACAUGCCGCUGGAUUCCAGGGCAACGUGGCAAAUUUGGCCUCAGCAGCUUCUGCUGGCUUCUGUCUUCUCCUAGCAAAGGACUGGGAUUACCUUGCAGCCCCUGUGCCAGCGCAGCCCUGCUGCCAAUCACACAGCAUAUAUGUGAUGCAUAACAGCAGAGAGGUUGUGAAGACUUGUGUGCUGGAGAUGAAGCCAGUCUCCAGUGUUAGAGUCCACGUGCACAGAUGCAGUUUUGAAUUAUUCCUCUUGAUGCGGCUUAUUCAUGUGGCUUGAAAGAAGUCUAGUUUGAAGUCCUAUCUAAAACUUGUUUGCCUUUGAUUUGGUUGCCCUCUGAUAAUUGACCUUUGAAGCAGAAAAAGGAUACCUGAUGUGAUGUGUAAUGUGCUAUAAAAACAAGGGAAUCAAAAGUUUUUCUUCAGUGUUACUCAAAAACUCUUAGUUUCUGGUGGCGGCGCAGGACGUGCAGAGCUAAAUGCACUGGCUUCCUUUGAGUAUGUGGGGACUUUUGUUUUCUGCUCGUAAACAGAUGAAGGGAUGGUUGUCCUACACCUGUGUGUGAAUUGGCCUCAUGUAGAGGUGCAGCAUUAGCAAGCAGAAACCUGUGCAGUUCUACGGAACCAGAAGAAUUUCCUUUGGGAUUUCAAUCCUUGAUCGUUUUAGCUAAUUAGUUAUCUGAGGAACUGUAUGGAAUCAAGUGUUCUAGGUAAUUAAAGUGCUUAAUAGUUAACAGUGCUAAGGUGAAUUUGAAGGUGGUUAAAGUUUUAGCUAAGUUAACUACAGUAAAGCCUGUUAAAAAAAAAUAAAAAAUCAGUGAUCUUUUAUAAUCUGUAAUUGAGGUAGAGACAGAAAUACCUCUCUUGCUCCUGCUGUGAAGGUGGCGCGUGGCACAUGGCAGCACCGCGGCGCUCGU